AUGACAAUAACAUUCACCUCGGGCCCGCCGGCUACAAGCCUUUGCGCGGCUCUUGAAGGCGAAAAAGUCGCCCUCUGCAAGAACUGGCGCGAGAUCUUCAGGUUCUUGAACCCGGCUGUCAGGCAGUCGCAGAGGAAAUCUAAGACUUCUCCUUCUGUGACUGCUACUGCGCGCUCAGGCGUGGUCAAUGGAAAGAGAGAGGAUAGCUCUGAUCAGACAUCUGGUGUUCUCUCAUUGGAGAAUCUGCGCAAGAAUGAGAAUGAGGGAGUUGAUUGGGGCAAUGCAUUGAAUACCACGCCAGCAAAGUCGGCGUCGCCUCAUAUAGCUGAGGCAGUGGCGGAAACUGGGCCUGAUGCUAAAAUGGUUGAUGCCCCUCCUGCUGAUGAAUCUGGUAUGGAAAGGGACUUAAGUGCCAGAGUGGUUCUCUGCUCGGCGUUCCAGGAUGAAUAUUUCCAUUGGCCAACGGAGCGAGCCUGA